UCCACCUCACCCCGAAUACUGAUCGUAAAGUUCCUGCUCCCAAUGACCUCCAUCCUGCUGCUCGCCGGGAUGCUGCUGCCCAUGGUGGCCGGCUACAACUACUGCAACAAUCGGACCCAUGUGUGCGACCUGGCCCAGAGAAAGCACUUUAUGUGCCGGCUGGGGGAACUGACGCCCUAUGGAGGCCGAACCAAGUACUACGCCAGCAUACCGGACACGCUGAAGGUGCGAAGGGAGACGCUGGGCGUACUGAACACCUUCCGGGACAUGUUGGCAGGAGGGGAACUGGACACCGCCAAGAACAAGACCGCCAAGACGAACAAGUUCCCGAGCGCCAAGCGGAUGAGGGCGCUCCAAUGGGACAGCGAGCUGGCCUACAUGGCGCGCACCCACGCCGCCACCGUCUCCUUCAUGCACUCCGAGUGCCGCUCUACCCUGCGCUUCCCGCUGGCGGGCGAGGUCCUGGCCCUGUCGCCUCCCAUCGGGCACAGGCUCAGUCUUUCGGAGCUGCUGAGCAUGGUCUUUGGCCAGAUAUUCGACGAGUACAAGACGGUUCAGGAUCCGCACAGUUUUGCCAGUAGAUUCGAUUCCAAAAGGGACUACAGCGUGGGACACUUCUCCAUCAUCGUCAACGAUCGAGUGUCUCGAGUGGGCUGUGGUUUCACUGUGGGCUCCAACUGCGAAAAGGACGGCAAAGUCGGCUUCUGUCACUUCCUCACCUGCCACUUCGACUACACCAACGUGAACGGCUCCUAUGUAUACAAGACUGGAAAAGCUACCACUGGCUGCAACGACUGGAAAACCAUCGCCAGCGUCAAGUACUCCAAUCUGUGCGCAAACACGGGCGAGAUCUUCCCCCUGGAGUAAGAGCGUACUUAGGUCUUGAAAUAUCCCGAACUCGUUGAAAAUUCGUUUCAUUCUUAAUCUUUCAAGGAUCCUUAUUCGAUCAAA